UGCAAGGAGGCAUAGACAUGAAUACAACAACGCCAACGCUGGGCAAUGAAACACUGGACAGCGAAACACUGGAAAUGCUGAACAGCACUGUCAUCCAAAUCACUGUUCCCACUGUUUACCUGGCCAUCAUCGUCAUUGGUCUGCCCAGCAACGGCAUCUCCUUGGGACUGCUUUGCUUCCGAACCCAUCCCAAGACACCCUUGGUCAUUUUCAUGAUCAACCUAGCAAUCACCGACCUCCUACUUGCCGUCUUCCUGCCCUUCCAGGUUGCCUACCACCUAAACAAGAACAACUGGAUUUUUGGCAAGAGCCACUGCACCUUUGUCAGCACGUUAUUUUAUGCUAACAUGUAUUGCUCCAUCUUGACAAUGACAUUUAUUAGUAUCGAACGCUAUCUCGGAGUUGCCUUUCCAAUAUGGUACAAAACCAUGUGGAAAAGAAAGCAUGCAGUGAUUGCUUGCCUGGGAAUAUGGGCAACUUUGCUGAUUGUUCUACUGCCUUUCGAAUACAGUGAUUUAACAUUUAAUGUUCGGCAGCUCCAGAUUAUUACUUGUUUUGAUGUACUUAAGAAAAAUAUGCUUCCUGAUCAAUAUGCAUGGGGAUUUUUCCUGUUCACCCUAUUUGUUCUGCUCUUCCUGAUCCCAUUUAGCAUCACCAUUGUAUGCUAUGUGUUAGUCAUACUGAAACUCUCCCAGAAUUCUCACACAAGGGAGCGUCAGAAGAAAAGAAGAGCGAUAUACUUAGCCAUUACUGUGCUUUCAGUUUUCAUCGUGUGCUUUCUCCCCAGCAAUAUCACCCUCUUAAUUCACAUCAUACUGAGGCUUGUCUAUAAUAAGGGUUGCUACACAGCCUACAAGCUGACCUUGUUACUCAGCUGUUUCAACAGCUGUCUCAAUCCAUUUAUUUUCUGCUUUGCUUCCUCAGAUUUCCAGAAAUGCAUCUACCAGUUACUAAAUUGGAGGCAGUUGCAUGAUGGGAAUGACUCAGUCCCACUUCCAUCAGGAAGGCCUAGUACAACUUCGAUUUAA